AUGGUUAAGGAAAGCGAGUACUAUGAUGUUCUUGGAGUUAGUCCCUCUGCUUCAGAGGAGCAAAUUCGCAAGGCUUAUUAUCUUAAGGCAAGGCAAGUUCAUCCAGAUAAAAAUCCAAAUGACCCUCAGGCUGCUGAGAGAUUUCAGUUAUUAGGUGAAGCUUAUCAAGUUUUGAGUGAUCCAGUGCAAAGAGAUGCUUAUGAUCAAAAUGGAAAAAAUUGCAUAUCUAGAGAAGCCAUGCUUGACCCCAUGGCUGUCUUUGCUCUACUCUUUGGAAGUGAGUUAUUUGAGGACUACAUAGGACAUCUAGCUGUGGCAUCAAUGGCUUCUUCUGAAUUAGCGGGUGAGAGUGACAAUCCUGAGAAAAUGCACGAUAAAUUGAAGGCUAUCCAGAAAGAAAGAGAAGAAAAGCUAGCAAGAUCACUAAAAAGCUUUCUUAAUCAAUACGCUCAAGGAGACAAAGGGGGAUUCGUAAGGCAUGCAGAAUCUGAAGCCAGACGGCUUUCUGGGGCAGCUUCUGGAGUUAAUAUAUUAAACACUAUUGGCCACAUAUAUUCUAGACAAGCAGCACAAGAGCUUGGAAAGAAAGCCAUUUAUCUAGGAGUCCCAUUUUUGGCAGAGUGGGUUCGGAAUAAAGGACAUUUCUGGAAGUCACAGAUAACUGCAGCAAAAGGUGCUUUUCAGUUACUGCAACUUCAAGAAGACAUCCGCCACCAAUUUAAAAUGGAUGGUAUUCCCCCUGAAAAUGAUGUUGAAUCACAUGUACGCCUGAAUAAAGACACACUGAUGAAUUCAUUAUGGAAAUUGAAUGUAGUAGAUAUUGAAGUAACACUAAUACAUGUGUGCCAAAUGGUGCUAAGGGAAAAUCAUGUUAAGAAGGAAGAACUUAAAGCUCGUGCUAAGGCUUUGAAACUUCUUGGGAAUAUAUUUCAGGGAAAGCAUGUACAAAGUGGAGGCACAUCAAAGAAGAAAGAUGCUGCUGACACAGAUGAUGAUGGAAGCAGUUCAGAUUCCAGUUCUGAGGAUGAUUCACCGAGACCACUUUCGUAUCGAACCCCCCAACUUACUCAGGGUAUUGGUAGACUAUUUAGAUGCCUUUGUAACCCAGCAUUUGAUGUGGAUGAUGAAGAAAUUGUCUACAAAAGCAAAUGAUGAAUCAUGACAUGUAAUUAGGGUCCACAAAUGAAUUUGAGUGCAUGUCAAUAAGUAUUGAGAUUUUUCUCGAAUCAAGUCAUGAAUAUACCAAAAAGGCUGCUUGUUGAUUAGAGGGUUUUGUUCCAUUGGAGACAGUGGUGUAAGCCUUGAAUUUGAGUUGUGUGAUUAUGUAUUUAAAUUGGAGCGCAUCAUUGACACCAUUUUGAUAUGCUCUGAUUUUAAAGUGGCUUGAGUGCAUCAAUGUAGAAGUG